CCAAGAGCGAGCGACAGAAGUAAAGUUAAUGUACCAGAAACAUCACCCAAAACGGUCUGCUCUUCCCAGUUCCGCGCGGAUGAAGUUAGACAAUCCACAGCCACGGAAGCAUGAGCACAAAAGCAACAGCAGACCGUGUACACCGAUGGGCUCACUGAAGUUGGAUGGUUCUGCGUGCAGGCAGGAUUACCUGGAAGCUGUCACUAAUGCUUAUAUGAUGAGUGGCGUGUUAGUAACUGAGUCAAAAGAGGUUCCCCAUUUUCGUUACACUGACGGUUCUACUUAUCUGAAAGAGACCCCAGAAAGGACUGGCAAUUUGAGUCGCUGGUCUGUCACCAGUCCCGCGCAGCCUCAAGGAUUUGAAAUAAGCGAGGAGGAGGGACACUUCACGGUGUCUUAUUUGGCCAAACAGUUGGAAAAAGGCACUGAUUGUGCGUAUGUAGCACCAAAAAGUCGAAAUGAAAAGAGAAUUAGCUCAGCUCUUGAACUGGCGCGAAAAAUUACCAUGUACAACAGCCGCUACAAGACGGCCGGGAAUGAAAGACAAGAGCCUGUGGUCCAGCCAACGCCUCUACUCAGACCCAGAACUCCUGUGCAACCAUAUCCGUAUUUUCCAUGGCAACCUAAAGGGGACUGUUUGUCAAGUACUAAGGCGCGUUUGUACGAACCGAAACUCGUGAAAGAACAAGAAGUGAGAAAGUCCUGGUCUCAGAUUUCACUGGAAGAAAGAAAAACGAAAAAACUCAGCCAAAAGAACUCCGCGAAAAAGAAAGCCCUAUCUGUUGCAGCUACUGAAGCAACAAGUUGGCAACAAACAAAGGAAGAAACGCCUCGCGUACUUAAGAAACGUGAAGUUCAACAGCUCGAGCCCCCAACUAUUACCUCCACUUCAAAAGGUUACCAGUCUCCUCGACAGCCCGCGACCACUCAGUUGACUGCGCCGGAGACGCAUGCGCAACCUACGCAAUUAGUGGGAUCCAAGGUUAUGAAGAAAUACACGGGCAAUGGACAAAUGAACAGAAAUCCUACCGGUUUGACCCCAAGCGCGAUCGACAGAUUUAACACACUACCGGUGAAACCCAGUUCCAAUUUCGUAGACGUAUCUCGCUUUACGAGCAGCAAUUCUUCUUUAAUGACCGGCCGCCAGUCGCCUGUGUAUGUCGCUGUACCUGUUGACAGACCUCCUGUGAAGCUUAGAUCGAAAGCGCGCAUCACUCCGCAGGACACAAUCGAUAUAUCCACCAUAAAUGAUCUGAGAAGCAAGCUUUUAAAUGUCGACGAUUCAGGAACUUUAGUGACUUACGCUCUACAGAAUCAGGAGGAUGAGAAGCCUGUAGCAAGCAGCAGUGACAGCGAGACAGGUGGCGCUCCUUUCGCUACUGAGCAUGCUCCAUCUGACAGCCCGAAGAGCAUAAGAAACGAGUUGAACAGUGUCACCAUGGCAACUGGUAUAAUCCCAUGGGAAGACAGCUGUCUCCAAAAUGUUGGCUUUGUGACUGGAAAACAUGGCAGGAAGUCACAGUCUCCAGUUAUAUCUCCUGGCAUAGUCCAAAUAGGAAAGGGACUGAGAGAGGAGGCGCCUAUAAAUGGUGACUCAAAGAGGACCGGAUCACUUAAUAAAGCAUCUCGAAGUCCUACCAGAAAUCAGGAAUCAGGCGCGGCUCCGUCAACAAUUUCCCUGACGUUCCAGUUUGGUUCCGGUGGUUCACCUCGAGAGCAAGGCUUGUCGCCUCCUCAAAGACCACCAGUCUUCCCCCCACAGCUCAAGAAUUUUUUUAGACCUCACGGACCACCCCACAGAUAACAGCAGUGGCGGAGUCACAUGCACUGAAAUCAUAUACAAUAGUUGGCUAAACACAGGCUCCCCUCCGAGAAUACACAAAGCCCGCGAUCUUCAACGGCAUUGCUUAUUGUGGCUUAUACUUUUGCAGUGCCUAAAAUCACUGUGGACAGGAUGUUGGUGCAUGCUAGACCUACUCUGUAACUGAAAUCUCAGACAACUACCGCGA